UAGCAGACGAACAUUUUAUGGCGGGUGGGGGAAAGAAAGGGAAGCACAAACGGAAAUGGUAACAUAAUUGCUUGCAGCUUCUUAGACUGCCCACAAGGAAGUAAAGAAGAUUGUCAGAAGCAAAGUAAAACUUCCUGUGUGACUCUAAAUUGCCGUUUUUUAAAAGGCUGCUGAAAACCGUUUCAUUAAUUUCUCGAAUACGACAGUUUUCUUAAUUUUGGAGUGUAAGCAGUCACUAGGUUAAGAUGAGCAGAAUAUACGAUGACCAGAAACUAAAGAAUUUGCCUCUCAUUACUAAACUGUGGUCAUCAGUUUGGACUCCAGAUACAUGGACACGAGAUGGAACAGGUGUUCUGUUAGAAGGGAUCAUUCAGUCUAGACACAGAGUAUGCAUCAGUGAUAAAAGUCAAGAAAAGACACGAUAUUUACUUUUAAAAGUGAAACCCAUCCGUGCUCAUCGACGUAAAUUUGAUGCCAGUGGCAUAGAAAUUGAACCAAAUUUCAGUGAAACAACAAAAGUGUCAACAGGGUAUCUGAAUUCUUCAUACAAAGUUGCAGCCAAGGGAACUACUGACUGUUUAUCUAAUCAGGAGUUGUUUUCACUCAUAACAAAGCCAGAUCUGGAUGCAGUGACAAAAGAAUUUUCAGGUCCAGACUCUGUAUUGCUCUGGUUGCCUGAGGCUUUUACUGAAAAUCUGGAGAUAGAGUGUGAAACUAGCUUUAGAUUCAAGACCCAAGGAAAUAGCCCUUUUGUGGCCUCUCUGACAAGAAUGGAGGGUCAUUGGAGUUCAGUCAGCAACUAUUCGGGUGGGGAAGCAGUUGGAGGAUCUUGGACAGACAAAGUUCUGGCUGCAAAAGCCUCAUCAGUGGAGUCAUCUGACAAAGCUGGAGAUGAUGUGAUUGGAGAUGAUGAAUGGGAUGACUGAAAGAUUUAUUCGAAAUGGUGCUGGAUGGAAGAGGCAGAAGGGCAGCAAUGAGAACUUGGACCCAUUGGUGCAUGCUAUUCGACAUUAUCAUAACAACAGUUUGUAUCUAUUUUGUUAAUAUGCACAUUGAUCAAAUAUAUUAUACAGUUCAGUUGUAUAUACACCGGUAUGAGCAUCUUCCCUCUGUUUCCAGUUCCCUUGUUUGCAUAAGGAUCAAGCUGAAACAGAUCACCAUGACUUCUGCAUUAUACUUUCGUGCUUUUGUUGGUUUUAAAGGAGUUAUUAAUCUCCUUGAUAUGUGCUUUCAUUAACCAUAAAAUUUAGACACAAUCUCUCUUUGUCCUUUAACUGCAACCAGUUGUAGGGGGAACAUGAUGAGAGGCAGCUAUGGUGAAGGUGUGCCAGUGGGGCCUAAACUACGCCUCUUUAGCCUGACUACUCCUUAAUGUUUGUCAGCUACACUUUCUUUCGUUUCCUGUCCACACACCUCUGGAGGGCUGUCGAGUAGUGUCAUCCCUAGUGACAUGCCCAAACCGAACCAGUUUUUGCCACUUGAUGGUGGUGAGCGUAGGUUCCUGGGGACUGACUAGGGUGCCAACUGCAUUGCAGACAUUUUUUUUCUCUAAAGGUAUUAUAGCCCAUUACUAAAAGGCAGCAGUGGAAAAACAUAUUCUGUUUUUAAAGACCAUUAUGUUCACAUGGAUUUCAAAACUGCUAGCAUGCAUAUCUAAUGUUCUUCACAUUACAACCCAUUUUAGAGAAAUGUUUUUUCUUGCAAGCAGCAAGAAUUGAUUUCCAUUUAGCACCAUCCUAUAGCUUGAUUCUAGUUAAUUAACUCAUGAUAUUGAUGUAAAAAGUCUGUGUGCUUGCAUGCAAAUGCCAUUAAAGUCACAUAUGCUUAGACUUUUAAAUAUAAUCUAUUGUCCAAGGAAUAAACGAUUGUCCGUAAGUUUUCAAAUGUACAAACCAGUUGUUCUUCUUAUGGUGGCUUUUAAUGAAUGCUUGUACAGGACUGUAGUGAAUAAUUGUAUGCUAUUGCUAGGUAAGAAGUGGCUUGACAGGAGUAAAUGAAUAACAAUCACAUCACUCUUUUUUCACUUUCAUAUUUUAUCAAAUAAAGGGAGGUAUAUGCUGCAUUGAAUAAACUCACAACUUUUUUCUUGGUGAAGACUACCAAUCA